CGAUUCAGAUUUCCAAAUCAACCGCCGACAGAUCAAAGCUGAAACGAAAUUCCAUAUUCAAUAAUUUAAUUACUGUUCUAAAAGAAUGGAAUCUUCCUCGUCGGAAUCGAGCUUGAAUCAACAAUUAGAGGAAUUGCAGAAACAGAUCGAGAAGAAGCAGAGAUUCGAGGAGUCCGUUCCCGCCAUCAAUUCACAUCUCAAACUCCGUUACCCGUCCGCUUCUCCCUCUCUUCGCAAAUCGUUUUAUUCGGUUGUUUGUCGAGUUGCAACCAUUUUGAAAACGAGAUACACCGCCCCUGGCUUCUGGCUUGCCGGUUUACGUCUCUUCGAGCUAUCGGAAUCCCUUGUCUCCGCUCCUGCUGAAAAGGAUCACUUGAAGAAUUGCAUUUCUCAGGCUAAGAAACAGAGGUCCCUUCACUAUAGCUAA